AUGCCUGGUGCUACAUUUGUUGGUUUUGAUGAUUAUACCGAUCAUACUGGUAAAUCUAAGAUGAGUAAUAUUGAGGAUACUUGUAUACCAUUAAUUAAUUCCAUUAACACUGAUUCUUCAUCGGCUACUAAACAGAGUGACUCGCUGGAUGUAGUUAUAUUACCAUCUACAAUGACGACUACUAUGAAAUCAAAUGUUUCCAACGACAAAAAAAUUCAUACUAAAGAUCUUAUCAAACAAAAGAUUCCCAAUAAAAUAUUAUUAUCUAACAUCAGUCGUCGACUAGCCAUACGAAAAAACUUACAUAAACAACUUUCUUUCGUAACUGAUAUUAUGUGUUUUCUUGGUAUUUUGGGAAUUAUUCUUAUGAUUAUUGAAAAUGAAAUAACAUUUUCUCAAGUCAAUGAUAAUGAUACAAUAUUGACGUGGUCUAUAA